UCUAUAUAUUUAAUCUUUAGUUAAUACAAGUGUAAACCAUAUUACAGAUAACACUCAAUGAUAAUGAUGAUGACCAAGAUACAAUUUAUUUACAUUGUAUCGCUAACUGUUUUAGUUGGUUAUGUAGUGUCGACAGAUAUUUUCAGUGAAGAGUAUAAGAAAAAUGCUAAAAUGGUUUUGUGCGGCGAUUGCAAAGAUGAUGGCGUAAAAGCAGAUCUCGAUAAGUUCAAGGACUGUUUUCGGGCGCAGUUCCCGACCGAAGUCGACCACAUUAUGUCCAUACGUGAGGCCAACAAAGCCGCUCCGGACACGUGUAUGGAAAAAAUGCGUACAGAACUCGAGGGAUACGCACGACAGGAGCCGUCGGGUGUUAUCAAAGUUAUGGACUGUUUUCACGAUAACGUAGUUCGUGAACAUCUCGCAAAAUGUCAUUAA